AUGUGUAGCCGUAAUUUGUAAUUUCCCAUAAUGAAGCCGGAAAAUACUACCGCACCAAGACGGCGGAGCAAUGACGAUGGUUGUUCUCCGUUCAAUCUCAGGUCUCUCAAGCAAGCGAUCGAGGCCAUAGAUGCUGCCAAGGAUAAUUCAAUCAAUCUAUCGUCGUUGUCUGUGGCGUUAUCGGCCGCGAGUCGUGAGAUGAAGCAAAGGGAGAAAUCUCAGCGUAGGCGAGAAACGAGGAAGAGGAGGAAGAAGAAUAAGAAGCUAGUGAUCGGAACAAAGCCGGAAACGGACGCAGAAUUGCGACGAUGGUUUUCAAACUUCGACAAAUCGUUCAAACUAUCAUUGCCGAGAAAGCUCAACAUUCAUAAAACCUCCAAGGAAGCGCAGAUUUGUGAAUUGAAUACAGAUUUCUCGAUGAAUCACUGCUCUGAAUCCUUUAGAUAUUAGGAACAAUGCUUGAUUCCUUAUAGUUUAUAUUCAUUUUUUCUUUUCCUAUUUGAUCAGACGUUUUCACUGAAAAUGUUGUAUUUGUCUUAUUCAAUGAAAUGUUGGAGAUGAU